AUGCAUUUCAGGUAUAAAAUGACAAAAAAUACAAAUUGCAUGAAAAAUCUUGAGCAGUGCUUUAAACUGCCGAUGAGCAACGUAAACAUAGUUAACAAAGUGCUGAACUAUGUGAACAAAAAUACGAUGAACAAACAGAAUGUGUACCGGUACAUCGUUGACGAACGAAUAGAUUUGGACCAUUGUAUGAGUGAAUUCGUCGAUUCAGAAAUUCAGAUAAAAUUUGUGAUCUUGCUGCGCAGGGUACUGCCCAACAACGAGUUCCUAAGUAUAUUUGAAAAUCACGGCAUGGAGGUGUCAGGGCUAGUGUGCAGGAACAUAAGAUGGUACUGCUGUGAGUUACUAACACGCUACAACAGGACCACAAAAAUAUUUGGAUACAGUUUGGACGGGUACAACAUUAUUGCAGGCACUGAUCAAAGACAAAACACACCCACCAACACUUCGUACGUGUUUUUCAACCGGUCGGAUAUCAAGCUGUACGACAAUAAGAAAAUAAUAUCACUGGCGUACAAAACUGUGCUUGGGUACUCUCUUGACACGACCAAAUUAGUUUUAUACAGAGAAAAUAUCAGAAUAGAACUUUUCACCUCUGACAUUUGUAGUGAAGCGGUAGAUAAAAGGUUCCUGGAACUGGGCAUUGCAAAGACAAGUAGUCGUAGCGAUAAGGCGUGCAGCAACACGGAAAUGACAAAUGCCAUGAAAGUAUCGGUACCUAUAAAAAAUAUCUGCAUGAAAAGCGAUGAAAAUAUCAGCGGAGACAGCACAAGCUGCAGUUUUGUGCAAAAAAAGAUUCAAAUGGAAGACGGCUUGGAGUUCACUAUCACGUCAAAAAUGAAAAGAUCCAUGCGCUUCGAUUUCCGAAAGGCUUUUGACGACUCAGCCAGUAAUGAUUGUACAGAGAACAAUGAACGAACAAAUAUGUGGCCUAAGAACCAAGGAGUACGUGAUGUAAGUGGUUUGGAUGAGAGGAAUGAAGAAACUGGUACUAGAUUGAUAAGCAAACACGUGAUGAAGGAUCAUGAAAAAGUGAGCAAAGAAAUUGUAAGUUUUGGAAGAUCGUGUACAUCGAAUACCACUGGGCAUGCGGUGGAGAAGAAGAAAUUACGUGAUAAAUGUCUCACAAGCAAGCGGAAGAAUACUGUAGAAAUGCCUAAAGAAACAUCAAUACGCAAAAUUUAUGAACAAGUGAGCAAUCCGUUUCUUAAUUUCUCUUCCUCUACCGGUGGGUCAAAUAAUGACAUAAUUCACAAUGGCUGCGAUCAGACUUUUAGGUACGAAAAGAUGAACAAAACGUUAGGUAACGGAUCAUCAAUCGAACAUAGUACGGUAAACGAACACAAAAGGAAAAGUUUAAGUUCUAAUAUUGACGAAAUACUCGGUUCUAACACAGAGGAAGAGCAUAUGCGGCCGUUCCGUAAGACAGAGCAAACUGAAGUAAAUCCGCACAGCUAUUUCUGUUCCUCUAAUACCGGAAAUAUUGAAGUUAUUCCCAAUAAGAGCCAUGUAAAAAACAAUAAAAGCUCAUUCAAAUCAGCCGGACGGAGAAGGAGUAAAAAGAAGAAAAAGGCGCUUGCAGAAAACAUAUCAUGCAUAGAAAAACACGUUCUAUAUCAUAAAAGUAAUCUGCGUACUACCAAAACUUCGAAUGUUAACACAACAAAUUACUGUAAGGGACUGAUUGGAGAUAUAGCAGCAUCGAAAGAGGGCAAAAAGUACAAAAGUAUAAUCGAGGAGCACAUGAUAAGCUAUAAAAAAUUGAUCUCUUGCACAAUGAGCGUGGUAGAAAGAGAUCUUAAAAUGUUAUCUAAAGGGAUUAAGCACCUCGUAAAUUAUCGAAUAAAGUACCGUUAG